AUGACUCAAAUGAUUAGGGUCCAUCAUACCACGAGCUUAUGCACAGCAUACUGGGCAUCACUGAGCGGCUGCAACUUCGCCGCUCCUGAUCUAGUAAUACGCGGACUGAUCGUUGACGGCGAACCUGUGCCGGAUUUCCGGGAUUCGUCUGACAAAUCACAUGAUUACUGUGUAAACAUCACUGAAUGCUUUACAUCGAUCGCUACUCCUCAGAGAGUGGAUCAGUGGUCUUCCGAUGCCAGUGAACUCUCUUAG